UUCCCAAGCGUUCCAGUGAAGGAUGCUCUGAACCUUUUGGAGGAUUGGCUAAUAGAACAACGGACGGAUACAGCAUGGCGAGGAAAAGUAAAGAUGUAUCUCAAGCUUGCAAGAUUAUGCAUGAAUGAGAACUACUUUACAUUCCGUGGAAGCUUCUACAAACAAACGAAGGGUGCACCUAUGGGAAAUCCGCUAUCACCGUUUUUGUGCGAAUUAUUCAUGGCAAAUUUGGAGGACAACCUAGAGGAACAAGGAGUACUACCCGAGAAAUGGUGGAGAUACGUGGACGACAUUUUCAGCAUUAUCAACCGGAAAGAUCUACCCAGGAUUUUGGAAGCGAUAAACAACGUGCAUAAAGACAUCAAAUUCACCCACGAGGAGGAAAAGGAAGGAAGCCCACCAACACCAUGAGAGUCAUCCCAUACACAUCAAAUCAUUCGUAUCAGCAAAAAAUGGCAGCUUUUCAUC